AUGAACAUAUACGCACAAACACAUGCGGGUGAAUUGUUUCGUGGGCGAAUCGUCUUGCGGGCGAACUAUAAAGAUGAGGACGAAUCGUUCCGAGGCCGAAAAAUCAAGGAGAGUUCGCAGAUUGUAGCUGAGAGCCAGGAUCAAAAAUUGGUUACUGGUUCCCAGAAGUCGAAUCUCAAGACGAAGAUUCAAAAGACAGAACAACCCUCCAGUGUUAAACAGUAUGAUGAUAAUGUGCCAACAAUUUCUGAUUCGCUGGUUCUUACAAUAAUCAGAAAUGCGUUAGCCUUAGUAGUGAAACAUUUGAAACUGCCGUAUAUUUGCCAGCCUAGUAAACAAUCACAUUUCAAAACAAUUCGAAAUCAAUAUUUUAUCCAAGAGCUAGCGAACGAAAUUAAAGAUGAGCUGUCCGAUCUUGUUAAAAAUAAUUUGGAAUUGCUUAUUACUAUAACAAAAACCCGUCAAUUGAACCAAGACAAUUUCGAUGAACGACAAAAGAGGGGUCUGAAAAGCAAUGAAGAAGUUGUCACCUGGGAAGGAGCCCCUCUGAUGAAAAGUAACAGUCAGACGAUGACUGGCAGAUUUAUUCGCGAGCAGUUAAUUCGCAUCUCAACAAAAUUGAAAUGCGAAGGCAUGUUGUCGGAAAAGAACAACAAGUCUCCAGAAGUCAUAUUGGAUCAUCGUUUUUUCGCAGCAAUGGCCGAAGCAACUAGCGCACAAGACAUCCAAGAACUGUCGUGUCAGUUGCUCGAUGGUAACAAAGUAAUCUGUGAAGCGCGAGAAAUUGUGACAGCUUUUGAAGAAUACAACACAUUCCAAGCAAAGAAAGAUGAAUUAAUAUUGUGCCUCAUCAGCGGCCUGAUUCGCACUGCUUUAUCAACCAUCAAAGAUUCGUUAAAUUGUGCCGCCAUUGAAAUGGACGAUAUUUUGAUAAUGUGCUCAGUCUUAAACAAAGAUUCAAGUCAUGCCAAGAAAUCAAUCCUUUGCAAAAACGUUGAAAACCUCAUCGACAAAUACAGCAGUGAUCUCAUGAAUAACAAAUGCAUGGAGUAUCUAGUGAAAGAUACUGUCAAAAAAAUAAGAUGUACAAGAGAAACUCCUAAUUCCGACGAAGAAAUUUCAAAGCAUAUUUUCAAGGCCGCUAAAAGAUUCGUUUCAAAAGUAAUUGAGAAUUUAAUGAGCGAAGCUUCUGCAAAAUCACAAGCGGCAAACACCAACGAAGCUACGGAAGAUAACGUCAGAUGCGAAAGCGAUUACGAUUAUGAAGGAGAAGACACAAUUAAUUUGGCAGAAAAUGAAAGCGCUCUUCGAAAAAAAUCAUCAGCAAAUACUUCGCAGAUUGAAAAUAAAAAAAGUUUGUCUAAAAAAAGUGAUAACGUUAAUGACAAAGACAAACUUUUAACCGGUGAAAAAACAAACGAAAGUUAUGAAGAAGAACAAUUACUGGAUGAAUUUUUGGACUUCGUAUCCAAACAUGAAGAAAAUAAUUUCGUUGAAGAAGAGACAUUUCCAAUAAACGAAGAUGAUGAAGAAUUCAAUUACAGCACAUUGGAUAACGAAGAAAUAAAUGACAGUCAGAAAAAUGACGUAAGUGAAGAAGAAGCCAUUGAAGAGGAUUACAAACCAAGUGAAAACCUAGAUAAUGACGAAAUUAAUUAUCAAGAGUUUGACGACGAAGAGUUGGCUGAAGUGACGGACGAUGAAGAAGAAUUUGCUGACAGUGUUCAUGCAUCCUUGGAGACGAAAGAAGAAGAACCACUAUUAUUUUCAAAACAGGAGUCUGUAAAAUAUUUAGAUGUAGAAAAAUCAAUUAUUCCUUCAUACUAUAGUAAAAAUGCUUCGGUAGCCAACGAAAUUAAAACAUCGGCCUCAGUUCUCAGUAAAAUAAAACUAUCAGAAGAAGAAUUAAAUGUUCCAACGAUGGAGAUUAUAAAAACGUCGCCAUCAGAAAAAAAUGACGAAACGGAAGAUAUAUGUAACGAUGAAGGUGUUCCAUAUAUUGGACUAACACCUGAUCAAGAAGCCAAAACACCGUCAACAAUAGAUAAGAGUAACAAAAUGGAUACUGAAUGUGGUGAUGAAGAUGUUUCUAACCUUGGAAUGACUUCUGAUCAACAGGAUAAAACACCAACACCAAAUAAAAAAAGAAACAAGACUGAUGGUGAAUACGAUGGUAAAGAUGUUUCAUAUAGUGGUCAAACUCCAGAUCAAGAAGCCAAAACACCAUCUAUCAACGAUAAUAUUCUAACGAGAUUCAGUCAUGAUAACAGUGCAAGCUUGCCUUUAGAUAUAGACGUGAAUGAGACUAUUGAUUUCAGCCAAUCACCUAUAAAUGAAGCAAGUACGUCUCUUGGGAAAAACACUAAUGUUAAAAAAUAUUUAUCAAUGACUGAUUAUCCAUAUCUAACUCAAACACCGGAUCAAAAAUCUAGCAUUCCCAGUGAUCUUUCUCCAACUUCCUUUAAAGAGCCAAACCAAAAAAAUGAUGCUUUAAUCGCUCCUAAAAGAGAAAACAAUCAGGUGCAAACCGAUGAAAUUUCUAAAAGAAAAACGCCUGACAAAAAAGCAGACAUAUCCUUUCCGACUGAUGAUUUAAGACAUAAUAUUCCAAAUGCUGGCGCUGAUGAUUACGAACAGCCAAUGUUCGCAACAGCUAGUGAAACUGACAUACCAGAUCCCAUAAAUGACAAAUCCGAUAAAAUGGAGCAUGAUUUUGGUCGUUCCAACGAUGAUCCACAAUCUUUCGAUAACAACCAAAGUGAUUCAACAGAUCUCGCAAAAAACCGAGUAGCUCCAUGA